UUUCUACCUUCCCAAAAAAUAUUUCUCCGAUUGUUCUUAUUUUUUUUUGAAUUUUUUUUCUUGUAUUUCUAAGAUUUUUUUUUUUUUACUGUUUUUAAAAUUUUUAAUUUUAAUUUUAAUUUUUUUUUUACAAUUUUUUCGUUGAGGUGUUUUGUUGGAUUUUUUUUUUUCCUUUACUGAAGCUCUGUGUAGUAGUCUGUAAUGGCGGAGAUUUAGGGUACUGAGAAGAUACUGAAUUAAAGUUGUAGUGCUGAAAGUUGAGGUUUUUGAUCUUGAAUCAGUUCUAGUGUAGGUUUUGAGCUGUGGGUUUUAGUUAUAGGUUCUGGAUUUCAUCUCAUUUUCAUUUGCUCUGUUUUUGUGUUUUUGUUUUCAUUGUCUUCUUCAUUGAGAGCUUCUUGGUUGAUGUUAGUUUGUUAAAUAUCGUUUGUAGUGUGAAUAAUGGAGGUUUAGGGUUUAAGCUGUUGGUUUACCGUUUAUGUAGUUGUGCUUUAGAACAGAUCCUUUUUUUUUUUUUUUUUCUCACUGUAAAAAUGGAAGAGAAAGAGGGAGGAGUGGAUUUUGGGUUUGCAGUAAAAGUAAGCCAAGCUCCAGAGAGCUUCGGGAUGAUGGACACGAGACCUGAAAAUUCAAGCACAGAUGGUGAGACACCGCCGCAGCAGCCGCCGGCGAGUGUUCCAACGGCGGGGGCUGCCGAUGGGAAGAAGAAAAGAGGGAGACCAAGAAAGUACGGUCCUGAUGGGACUGUAGCUCCAACAUUGUCACCAAUGCCGAUUUCGUCAUCGAUUCCGCUGGCGGGAGAAUUUGCGGGUUGGAAACGAGGAAGAGGACGGUCAGUAGAGUCUAUCAAGAAGUCGCGGAAGUUCGAGUAUGAGAUUCCAGGUAACAAGGUUGCCUUCUUUGCUGGAGCAGAUUUCACACCUCACGUGAUCACUGUUAAUAUUGGUGAGGAUGUUAACUUGAAAGUCAUGUCAUUUUCUCAACAAGGAUCUCGGGCUAUUUGUAUACUCUCUGCUAAUGGUAUGGUUUCGAAUGUUACACUUCGGCAGUCAACAUCGUCUGGGGGUACUUUAACAUAUGAGGGUCGAUUUGAGAUACUUUCAUUGUCUGGAUCAUAUAUGCCUUCGGAAAUUGGUGGAACAAAGAGCCGAUCUGGAGGGAUGAGUGUUUCUUUGGCUGGCCCAGAUGGCCGAGUGAUGGGCGGAGGACUUGCGGGCAUGCUGAUAGCAGCUGGUCCAGUGCAGGUGGUGGUGGGUAGUUUCCUGCCACCAGGUCACCAGCAGGAAAACAAACCAAGGAAGAGUAGGAUGGAACCUACACUGAACGCAAGUUCUCCUCCAGCCAACAUUCUUUCUGGUGAAGGGACAAAUGAAGUAUUUGGUGGAGUGAAGCCCAUAGUCGCAUCUACUCUAAAUGGAGAUAGAACUGCUUCUUUAGACCCAGCUUUUAAAACUCCCCAAGUUAACGACAAAUCACAUUUUCCACAAGAAUCAAGAGGUGUUCUCAACCAUUCAAACCACGAGGUUUCUUGUUAAGCAUCAUCGUCUCCUGCACCGUGAAUUUUUCAUGCAGAUUUUGCUGGUGCGUUGGCUUUUCCUCAACCUCGAUCAUCAGCAGUAUGAACUCAUUGAUUCUUUAAAGGUCUAACUAAGAGAGUUUAAACAACUGACGUAUUUUUCGUCAUCAGGUAACAUCUCUAGAUAGGGUUAAGCCUAAUAAGAUGAGAUAGGAGUUUGAUCUUUUAGGCUUAUUUGUUCUGUUCUCAGUAUGUAGGUUAUGCGUGUUGUAUCCCACUUAACGUUAUAGCAGUUUAGGUGCAGGAAUUUGUGUAAAUUAUUCAUGUUCUAGAAUUCUCUGUAUCUGAAAUAAUAACAUUUAAGUUAAAUUUCAAAAACUGUUUUAUUUGUGUACU